CAUCGUCUUCCGAGAAAUUUAAGAGUCAACACUGGCAAACAAAAUAGCUCCAAACGAUGGAAACACAAAAGGCAGCACAAUACGCCGUCUUAUCUAAUGCAACUAGUGUUUACACUUUUAACAUUCAAGAACCACAAUUAAAUUUUAAGACAUAUAGCAAAAAGAAUACUUAAAUUAUGCAAAAAAUGGAUUUAUCAUUAUUACGGCAAAAAUUCAGAGGCUCAAUAUUAGGAGCGUUAAUUGGAGAUUGUCUGGGAAGUCCUUAUGAAAAUGAAGAUAUGUUGACAACCGGUGAAAAAAUUGUUCUUCAAAAAGCUUUUGAUAAAUUGGAGGGUCCUGAAUUCAAAGCACCAGUAAAACAAUUUACUGAUGAUUCUGCCAUGACAAUGAAUGUUGCUCAAUCUUUGGUUGAACAUCAAGAUCUUAACCUAGUAGAUAUGGCAAAAAAAUUUGUAAAAAGCUAUUAUAGAGAACCUCAUCGUGGUUAUGGUCCUGGAGUAGUAACUGUCUUUAAAAAACUGAGAGGAAAUAAAUUUUCUGAUCUUAUUAAACCUGCUAGCGAACAAUUUGAUGGCACAGGUUCCAUGGGAAACGGUGGAGCAAUGAGAGUUUCACCAAUAGCAUUAUUUUGUUAUAAUAAUUAUGAUCGUUUAAUAGAUAUGACAAAAAAAGCUACUCAACUAACUCAUACUCAUAAAGAAGGAGUUAAUGGAGCUAUUUUACAGGCUAUAGCAGUCCAUCAAAGUCUCGCAUUGAAUCCAAAUCAACCGUUAGAUCCUAUUAUUUACAUUGAUGAUUUAAUUAAAAAAAUGGAGGCGUUUGAAGAAGAUGAUGAACAGUAUUUAGACCUAGAUGAGACAGAAGUAAAACCAUAUAGAUUUAAAUUAUUGUACAUAAAAAAAACCAUUGAUCGAUGCUCAAUGAAUAACAAUGUCCAAGAUGAAGAAGUUAUUCAAAAUUUAGGCAACAACGUCACCGCGCUAGAUUCAGUUCCAACAGCUAUUUUCUGUUUUCUUCGAGCUCAAUAUCCUGUUAAUGGUAUUAAAACUGAUAACCCUAUGAGAAGAGCCAUACAGUAUGCUAUUACUUUAGGUGGUGAUACUGAUACUAUUGCUAGUAUGACUGGAGCCAUAGCUGGAGCUUUUUAUGGAGAUGAAAAAAUCAGUAAAUCAUUAUUAGCACAUUGUGAGUCAUCUAUGGAAUUUUGUGACAUAGCAGAUAGACUAUUCGAUGUAACUGUAACGAAUAAAAAUUAAUUUUUUUAUAAACAUUUA